AUGAAUGGUGGCAUCACUAGGGGCAAAGAACACUUGAUGGGGAAGAAGGGAGAAGUUGUUGCAUGCUCGAAGUGUCCGAAAAGUGUUCGUGAAGAACUUUGGAAAUAUUUUACCGACAAAAGAGCUGCAGGAUCCUCUCACAUUCCUAUGUCUAGUCAUUCAGCUAGACAUGUUGAUCUUGGUGGCUUAGGUUUUAAUGAUGAUGAAGAUGAAGAUGACAUGAGACCUAAUGUAGGUCAAACACAAAAGAAAGCAGAUCGUCCACUGAAAGGGCCUAUGGAUUUGCAUACUAGAAAUACCGAGACAGCGAUGCAAAAGCGAAGCAAAGAGAGGCCGAGGCAGCUGAAUGUGAGGGAAUCUGUUGACAAAGAAGCUGUAACCCGAGUUCAUCAAUAUAUUGCUCUUGGUGACUUUGGCAAGUAUUUGCCUGCUCCUAGCUACCAUGACAUUCGAGUUCCUCUUUUAGAGAAUGAGGUCAAAUAUACAGAUUCAUUGAUGAAGAAAAAGAAGAACGAAUGGAAACUUUAUGGUUGCACAAUCAUGUUAGAUGGAUGGACUGAUCGGAGGCAAAAGACUAUUAUUAACUUCUUGGUUAAUUCUCCGGGUGGAUCGGUCUUUAUUAAAUCUGUUGAUGCAUCUAGCUUUGUGAAAACAGGGGAAAAACUGUUUGAGUUGCUUGAUUCCGUCGUGGAGGAGAUCGGCGAAGAACAUGUUGUCCAAGUAGUUACAGACAAUUGGAGUAACUAUGUAGCCGCGGGAAAGAUGUUGAUGGAAAAGAGAAAACAUCUUUAUUGGGCUCCAUGUGCAGCUCACUGCAUAGACCUCAUGCUUAAGGACAUUGGUAAGAUUCCCGUCAUUCAAAGAACCAUUCGAAGGGCCAUUAGUCUUGUUGGCUAUAUUUAUAGCCACGGUUUUACCUUACAUUUGUUGAGAACUUUCACAAAGAAGAAGGACUUGGUGAGGCCGGCCAUCACUCGGUUUGCUACAUCCUUUUUAUCAUUAGAAAGGUUGCAACAGGAGAAAUAUAACAUUAGGAAAAUGUUUAUUUCUGAUACGUGGAUCCAAAACAAGCUUUCAAAAGAAGCUAAGGGGAAGGAAGCAGCUAGGACAACACAAUAUUCUCCAUUCUGGAAGAACGUGGUUUACACACUCAAAUUGGGAAUUUCAGUAGAUAUAGGAAUUUGGCUUACAUUUGGAGAUAAUUUAAGGUUAUGUGAAUACUCUGGAUUUGAAAAAAUUGGGGAUUCUGAUAAGGUGGUGCAAAAUUUGAAAAAUUUUGUGAACUUGGAUAUUCUGAUGAUUGUUGAGAAUUUUGGGAAUUUUGAUAGGUUGGGAAAAAACGGCGAUAAUUCAGAUGAUUUGGAUCUAUAA